AAGGGGAAAAAAAAAAAAACACUCCACAGUCCUUGCCACUGGUUCAAGUUACUAACUACUACUAAAAAAGCAACCAUAUACCAACAGAAGUGCCUCCCCAUUUACACACACAUCACACAGCUGUUUCUUGUUCAUUUGUUUCCUCCAAAACCAUGCACAGGCAGUCACUGGGGUCACCAGCAGCAAAGCUCCAUGCCAAUGGAGUAGUCAUCGUCAAAGAUACUUCCUCCUCCUCCUCGCCUUCUUCCUCAUCACCGGAACAGCAACAGAAGAAGAAGAAGAAGCUAGGAGUACUAAUCUCCAAUGAUGAUGAAGAUGAAAAGCAGAACAAGAAACCCCACCACAAGACGACACCGUCUGGACACCCUGAAAAGCUCGUUCAUCUCAUUCCCCUCCUCACUCUCCUCUGUAUCUUCAUCCUCUACCUCAACUCCCAUGACCCUUCACAAAAUGAUUUAACUCAGUUCAAUGAGCUCAAGACUUUGUCCAAUCCUCUAGAUUCAACAAAUAUUGAGCAAAUUCAUGGAGCAUUGGAGAUUGGAAAGAGCGAAGCUUUGGGGAUUGGAAGCAUGAGGAAUCUGCAGGGAGUGGAUAGAGAAGGAGGGAAUUCAAAAAAUCGGCUAAACAGAAAAAUCGGCGAUUUUUAGGGCGAGUUAAUCUCCCCGGUUUUUAUUCGUUACUUUGGAGAUAUCUGUCUGUCUAUCUAUCGUCACUGGGCUUUAAUCGUCGGUGGGUUCGAGUUGACUCGGUCAGUAGAGCUGAGCUGAGUUGGGAACUUGAUUAGAAGAUGACUCAUGAGUGAUAUAUUACGUCUGCCAAUUCUUUCUACCACGCGUGUGCCAGCACGUGAACUAUUUUUUUUGUUGUUUUGCUGACAAAUCUUAGCGCGUGCUGCUUUCUCACUGUAAAAAAAAAUAAAAGAAUAAAAAAGAGAUUUGAAAAU